AUGAAGUUCCUCAACCAAGUUUCAUUCCUAGUCACCCUAGGAUUUGUUAUCGGGGCUAUCGCAACACCGAUCGCGUAUACUCCGAGCAAUGUCAAACGUGAUCUUGCCUCGAUCGAGAGCGUCCUGACCUCUAUCGGCAACCAGGUGACUACUCUCGAUGGCUAUAUCAAGGUCGCAUCACCCAACCCGACUCAGAUUGUGAACGCCUCAACAGCGCUGGUCUCAACUAUCAAAUCCGGUGUCUCUACGGUGCAGGCCUCCGCAAACCUGAGUGACAUCGAUGCUCUUGGUCUUGUUAGCCCAGUCCAAACACUUUCCAAAAACGUCAAUACGACCAUUGGCGACUUGAUUGGUAUCAAAAGCACCGUUGACUCGUUGAAGUAUGGAUGCACAACCUAUGAGCAACUCCAGGACCAAUUAACGCAAGCGACCGCACUGUCAACUGCUCUUGUAUCCAAGGUUCCAGCAUCACUUCAAUCCGUUGCCCAGGGUCUUGCUAAGGGCAUCACUUCGGCGAUCCAGAAUGGUGUCACUGCAUACAAUGGAGAAUGCACGUCUACCGCCGCGUACCUCGAGUUUGAUUCACGGGAUGUGUAG